AUGGUCAUAAAGAAGAAGUUCUAUGCAAAAAGCAUAGAAAAACAAAAGUGCACUCACCUGACUUAUGUCAUGCAAAAAUCAGAGUUUUGAGAUUCAUUAAUGAACAAAAGGAAGAAGCAAUUAAGAAUUACCUGUCUCCAGUUAUUGUUAAUGCAAUCAAAGAGCAUGCAACAAGGAGGUUGGAUCUCGGAGCAAGUGUAAAGGAAUUAAAAAAAAUAGAGGAUUAUAAUAUAAAAAAAAAGAUUUAUAAAUCAGAAGACUCACAUUUUAUAG